AGAAGAAGAAGAAGAAGAAGAAGAAGAAGAAGAAGAAGAAGAAGAAGAAGAAGAAGAAGAAGAAGAAGAAGAAGAAGCCUCUGCGCAUGCUCAGCAGCUGUCGGUGGCGUGACCGUGAUCCUCACAGCCUGUUGUUGUUGUUUUGGUUGUUUCGGUCUCCGGUUGGAACGAUGGCCGGCACCGCGCUGAAAAGACUCAUGGCCGAAUACAAACAACUCACUCUGAACCCACCUGAAGGCAUCGUGGCAGGUCCAGCUAAUGAGGAGAACUUCUUUGAGUGGGAGGCUCUGAUUAUGGGUCCCCAGGACACAUGUUUUGAAGGCGGGGUGUUUCCUGCCAUCCUCAGCUUCCCCUCUGAUUAUCCUCUCAGUCCUCCCAAGAUGAGGUUCACCUGCGACAUGUUCCACCCCAACAUCUACCCGGAUGGUCGGGUCUGCAUCUCCAUCCUUCAUGCUCCUGGAGAUGAUCCGAUGGGUUAUGAGAGCAGCGCAGAGAGAUGGAGUCCUGUCCAGAGUGUGGAGAAGAUCCUGCUGUCUGUGGUCAGCAUGCUGGCAGAACCUAACGAUGAGAGUGGAGCUAACGUGGAUGCGUCUAAGAUGUGGCGUGAGGACAGAGAACAGUUCUACAGACUGGCUCAGAAGAUCGUACGGAAGUCUCUGGGCCUGUAGUGAUGAUGUCAUCAGACUGCGCUGCGUGUACACAGACUCGUCGCCAUUGAAACCAGCGACACGCAGUUCUGACGGACCAAUGAACCGAUGGACGACUGGGAGCCAAUCACAUCACUAGAACCAGUCGGCUGGGAUCAUGUGACCAUCGUGACAUCAUCACCGCAGAGUUUCAGUCCGGCGGCAGCAAAUAUGCGGAUGUUCUACACGUUCUGGAUGUUUUAGACAUUAGAUCCACAUUCUGGUUCUGACUCAGUAAAAUGUUCUUCAGUAAAACAUUUUGUCUUUAUUUUCAUCAAACUAAUAGGAACCAACAGAACCCUGCUCCUCAACUCAAGUUUUCUAGUGCGUGGUUUCUGCUGGUUCCAUUGGUUCCUGCUGGUUCCUGCUGGCUGUUCUUCUGAGGUAUUGGUUGCUGCCUGUUUGCUGCUGUUGCUAGGAAAUCGUUUCUGAUUGACCAAUGAGGCGCCAGUCUUGCUGUGUGGCAUCUGAUUGGACAGAAUUCGAUGCAGUUUAUCUCCUGCUGAGGAUCGUCCAAUCAGAUUGUAGUUCUCUGAGGUUUGCUUCCAGUUUCUUUAUUUUCAACGUCAUUAAACCACCGAGGAAGAGCGAGA